AUGUAUGUGGCAACCAUUGAAGAAAAUCCCCGAAUGAAUCAUUUAUGGAAGCUAAACUUUGAUAGGGCCUCAAAUGUUGUGGGCAAUGGGAUUGGGGCAGUUUUGGUAUCCCCAAGCGGAUAUCAUUAUCCUGUUGCUAGCAAAUUGGAUUUUGAUUGCAUAAACAAUAUGGCGGAAUAUGAAGCAUGCAUUAUAGGUAUUCGUGUAGCUAUUGAACAUAAAAUAAAAGUGCUGAAAGUGUAUGGGGAUUCUGCAUUAGUAAUAUACCAACUCAAAGGAGAAUGGGAAACAAGAGACCCUAAAUUGAUCAGCUAUCUAAAGGAGGUUCUUGAAUUUAUUGAUGAGCUUGAUGACAUCACUUUUUGUUACCUCCCACGAGACGAAAACCAGAUGGCUGAUGCAUUGGCUACUCUAGCUUCUAUGAUCCAAGUGAAUAAGUUAGAGGACAUAAAGCCUAUUCAGAUGAGCAUUUAUGAAAUUUCAGCUCAUUGUUACCAUAUUGAGGAAGAGGAAAAGGGUGACCAUCCUUAG